AUGAGUCUACGAGAAAGAGACAUCAACCGACAACGAUCAAGUACACAGCAUGCGACUUCGAAAUCAAAGGUCAAUCGUUGCAAUCGGAUGUUCGUGUUAGAGCGAUCUGCACCUUUCAGCCUCAUGCGAGAACCUUUGACGACUUUGACAAAUCGUGAGAGCCGCCGUUCUGUGAAGCGACGUAAAACGUUGUCUGUUCAUAUCGAUAACGAGAGCAACUAUAAGCAACGAGACGUUCAAUAUACCCGAUCACGCGGCAGUGGCAACAGCAGCAGCAGCAGCAGCAGCAGCAGCAAAACGAGCAACAUCAAAAGCACUAUCAACGAGAAUAGCAGGGAAAAGAACAGCAAAAACGACACUAGCAGCAAAAGCAAUAGCCACACUAGCACCAAUAGUAGCAGUAAUCGUAUCCAAUACCGAAGAACACGAGUGCAGCAAUUGUCUACUUUGCAACGACGAAUGACGAUUGAUAAGCUUGGGAACGAAUGCCUGUACGAGAUAUUCAAGCACUGUGCCGAUCCAGAAACUCUUACAGCUAUAUCGCAUGUUUGUCGUCGAUGGCGAUUCAUCACUACUGAUUCAUGGCUUUGGAGAACAAUGGAUCAUGACUGGAUACAGUUUCUGGAAAGCGUGUUUUUCUUCAAGCAUAUGCCCAAUCACUAUGCGUUCGACCAUUUACGGCAUACAAGGAGGAUGCGGAUAACUGCAAGGGAAGAUCAAUUGUACAACCCAAUCCCAAUGUGUAUCCCAGAGGUGUAUCCAUAUGUACAAUUAUCACGGGUGGAUCUGGUACGAAUGCAUCUAGUGGAUAUUAUCGACGUAGUCAAGUGGCUGGUCCAUAUUCAAGAACUACGGUGUAUUGAUAUCAUGACACAUGACAUGCCACAAAACAACGUCCUUGCAGCAUUCACAGGCCUUCGCCGUUUACGCAUCUUGCACCUCCAUUUUUACACCCCAUGCAUUCACGGCAAUUAUGCAUUUCUAAUCAGUCGUAAUCGAGCACGCCCUGUAUUACCAUCCACUUUGAGAGAUCUCCAAAUAACCAAUCUAUACGAUACCGAAGAACAGCUAUUGAACGACCUACGCCCUCAUCAUUGGAUGCGUAUUGAAGCCGGCCUUAUGAUCAAAUAUUCACCAUUGCAAUCACUUGUCAACUUGGAUACAUUAAUUUUGCACAGCUGCUCGGCAUUCACAGCACGGAUUUGGCGAGAAUGUCUUACUCCAUGUGCACCCAACUUACGCUACCUCUCACUCGGUGGAUUACGUUCACAUCGGCAUAACGAUGCUUUAUUGUUUACAACCAAUGAUGGUAACUCACCGACCAAUGAUCCCACAUCGCUCUGGACAAUUGACGAGGAAGCACCCGUUCGCGACAUUUGGAAUGCUAUUCACGAUUUCUUUAUCAACCUUGUUCACCUCGAGUAUCUACACAUGGAGGAUUUCACCAUGGAUUCCAAUAUCCUUGACAGCUUACGGUUUCUUGAAGAGAGUCGUGGACAAACAAUCCAUCUUUCAAGUGCAACAUUCCAAGGCAACGCAUGUGAUAUUAUCGAUCUUGAAGAUAUGGUAGAUAGACAUGUCGCUUUUUGUGAUAUCACCAUUCGAUGA